GUGAAGCUUUUGAGUGGAGACGAAUACGUCCGUCCAGAAAAUGAAGUGGUGCGUUUUUAUACUUUGCGUGCUCUGCGGUGCUGCUGUCGAAAAUUCGAACUCGGGUGGCACACAAGGUAAACUCCCAGACGAAAUCACAUUUCAGCUUUACAUCGCCUUCGACAAUGUCCUGCACACCAAUUUCAGCAACGAAAAUUUAGCGAAGAAGUACGUCAGCGCGUUCUUCCGUGCGAUCAACCUCCAAUUUCAACAGAUGCGGAAUCCUAGAAUCAAGUUUGAAUUCGUUAUGUUUCACGGUCAGUACGUCCCGUUUACAAAGGAUGCUCUCGUAGUGGAGGAUGGUGAAGUGAACGCUCACAAAAGCCUACAUUCCCUCUACAACUUCACACGUACAAGAAGGCAAUUCAUUUCAUCAGACAUCGUCUUCGUCUUUUCGGGGCGGAAAGUAUUUACAUAUGAAGGGGAUCAGAAGAGCAAUAGUCCACAAGGUCUAACCUGGGAGAAAGGAAUAUGCAACGCCAGCAGAAAGUUUGUUAUUGUUAGCGACAUAGGCAAGCGUUUCAGCGCCUUGCCCAAUGCUGCAUUCCAACUUGCUCGCCUACUCGGUGCACCAACGGCCUGCACACCGAAGCACUAUUCUCUGGACGGCAACUAUCAGCUAUUUAAUCUUUCGUCUUGCGUUAUGGGUAAUAUUACGGAUCAUCUCAGAAAGCUGCUCCAUGACAACUAUGCGCUGGCCACAGACUGCUUCUCAAGAAAGUAUAAGACGAAUACUAGUCAGUACUACCAUGGCCUCCCAUACAACAUGUUUGAUGAAGAGACGUUUUGCGUCGAAGAGAAACGCAUGAAGAAACAUGACUACAUGAGGGGCCGCUGCGAACGCUACGACAUCAAGAAUCGUUUGAAAGAGUCGUACGAAAAAUCAAUCACAGAGUGGGGCUGGGGUGUACUCGACCCUGUGAACAGCUGCUUCUUCGACUGCUGCGAUCUAAACUACAUUUCAUUCACCGUUUUCUACAUGGUUGCAAGGUAUGCUGCGUUUGAUGGCAAACCUUGUGGCCCUAACAAGGACAAAAUCUGCGUUCAAGCUCAAUGCGUCCAGAAUACAACGAUACCGUAAGAAUGCAGGAGAUGAUCUACACAUCCCCGGGCAGCUUCGAAGACUUCCAAGUUCGUUUUCCGAGACAGUGGGAACACCGCGUAUUAUAAGUAGUAUGUCAAUGUAAUCUAAAAGUAAGUAAAGUGAAAUGAACGUAAAGUUGUGUCUAUGUAAGCGUGAAUUAAAUUACAUUUUAUGAUGUGCUCGAUAA